AUGCCAAAUCCCCUGCAAAUUCUUAGAAAAAAAUCCACUGGCAGCCAUCAUGAAGACAAUUGUCCCCAACACACCGCACACAAUAACCACCCCAAUACUUAUGCCAUCAAUUUUACUACCACCACUACCACUUCCAUCUCCAAAAGCAACUCCCUCUCAUCCAUACUCUCUCUAAAGUCAUCAUCUAAUCGAAAGCACCGUCACUCUUCAUUGCCUCUACCUAUAAAGCGACCUGGCCUAAAUCACAAUGGCUCAUCCCCCUCGGAACGACAACCGUUGAAAGAAACGAACAAGAGUCGACUCCAACGCUUGAAGCUACGAGCACCACGUCUGUCCGCACCCGCGUCAUCAAAAAGUGUCGAAACUACAACGAUUGCCAAACUACGGAUAGAUUCGAAUCAAGAGGACACGACGACUACAACAAAAGCGCGUGUGAAGUCGAGGCCCCCAACGCCCCUAGAUCUGCCAGACGAGGAUCUUUGUUCUCAGAAGGCCUAUCAAAGAGAAGGGAGAAAGAGUGUGCUUUCAUCUUUGGGGAGACGGGCUAUGGGUAAGGAGAAGGACAAGAUGGAGAACAACAACACUGGAACAAGAAGAUGGAGCUUUUCGUACCAGUAUUCAAGCAACAAUAAACAAUCUGGAUACCAUGAUACAGCCUCAGGGACUGAUAAUUCUUCAUACGUUCCACCACAGGCAUACGUUCACGAAGACGAACCACUGUCCAACCCUGAUUGCGUGGAAUCUGUCGCACGCACUACCAAAUCUCGCACAAUGAUCCCCAUCCCUACGUCAGCUUCCACACCAAGCUUUACUAAGAUUGAGGAAGGACGUAAGCGUCACUCUCUUUCAUCUUUAGUUUCCCCCAAUGGACGACUCAGCAGUCGUGUUCUGUCUUCGAGGUUUCCGCGUAAGGAAGCUACGAUUGAGGAAGGGCAAGCGGAUGACAUCCAGCAGAUUCCAAUGGCUAGGAAAGUGCAAUUCAAGGCUCAUGCCACCAGCAAUCCGCGACCACUUCCCCAAUUACCAAAAGAAAAGGGUUCUCGACUAUCCGGCACGUUUGCUUCGCUGGACGAAAUGACAAACAAAAUGCCAGAACCAAUGGACAACGUCGAGCCACGCAGGUUCUAUUGGACUAGGAGGAGCUCAGAGACCUUAAAGAAACCAUCUUACGACACAAACCCAACCAUGCCACCUAUUUAUGCGCACCUCGACGAGCCCUCCUACAGACGAACAAACCGCACCCACACCCUCACAUCCACCAGAACGCAAGAACGAAGCGGACACAGCACCCGCGCAGAUAGAAUGGCCCAGCCACAGGCUCCACCUCUCGGCGAGUCACAACCUCAUGAGGAAGAUGACGAACCCACUCACCCCCUCCACCAAGCCUCCCAGGCCCAGCCUACCCAGUACUGGCUCGGCCGCUUCGUCACCCUAACCAACGCCUUCCACUACGAAGACUCAUUCAACCAGCCCGACACCACGACGGGAUUUGGCAUGCUCUCGAGUUACUCGCGUCCGGAUGGGAGCGCGGAGAGGAAUUUGGCGAAUUACAGGGUUAAGAGGGCGUUUAUGGUGUUGGAGAAUGCGUGCUUGACGGAGGAGGCGAGUCGGAGUUUGAGGGCGUUUCAGAGUGAGUAUAUUGGUGUGAAGGGGGAUCGGUGGAUGGCUUGAUGCUGCGCUGUUCUUAGAUGGGCUAGAUGGGAUGGUUUGAGUAGGGCUUUGCUCUCACGUUUUCAGGCAUGAUUCUUGGGAAAUGUACUACAAAGUUAUUGGAUUUCGGGCUUGAAUUGCGCAUGUGCGGGU